AUGGCCUGGUGGAAAGCCUGGAUUGAACAGGAGGGUGUCACAGUGAAGAGCAGCUCCCACUUCAACCCAGACCCUGAUGCAGAGACCCUCUACAAAGCCAUGAAGGGGAUCGGUGUCGGGUCCCAGCUGCUCAGCCACCAAGCAGCUGCCUUCACCUUCCCCUCCUCCACCCUCACCAGUGCGUCACCCUGGGGAGAGGGUCACUCGCGCUGUAUCCCUGCAGGGACCAACGAGCAGGCUAUCAUCGAUGUGCUCACCAAGAGAAGCAACGCACAGCGGCAGCAGAUUGCCAAGUCCUUCAAGGCUCAGUUUGGCAAGGACCUCACUGAAACCUUGAAGUCGGAGCUGAGUGGCAAGUUCGAGAGGCUCAUUGUGGCCCUUAUGUACCUGCCAUACAGAUACGAAGCCAAGGAGCUGCAUGAUGCCAUUAAGGGCUUAGGAACCAAGGAGGGUGUCAUCAUUGAGAUCCUGGCCUCUCGGACCAAGAACCAGCUGCAGGAGAUAAUGAAGGCGUAUGAGGAAGACUACGGGUCCAGCCUGGAGGAGGACAUCCAAGCAGACACAAGUGGCUACCUGGAGAGGAUCCUGGUGUGCCUCCUGCAGGGCAGCAGGGAUGAUGUGAGCAGCUUUGUGGACCCGGGACUGGCCCUCCAAGACGCACAGGAUCUGUAUGCGGCAGGCGAGAAGAUCUGUGGGACUGAUGAUAUGAAAUUUAUCACCAUCCUGUGCACGCGCAGUGCCACUCACCUGCUGAGAGUGUUUGAAGAAUAUGAGAAAAUUGCCAACAAGAGCAUUGAGGACAGCAUCAAGAGUGAGACCCACGGCUCGCUGGAGGAGGCCAUGCUCACUGUGGUGAAAUGCACCCGAAACCUCCACAGCUACUUUGCAGAGAGACUCUACUAUGCCAUGAAGGGAGCAGGGACACACGAUGGGACCCUGAUAAGAAACAUCGUUUCAAGGAGUGAGAUUGACUUAAAUCUUAUCAAGUGUCACUUCAAGAAGAUGUACGGCAAGACCCUCAGCAGCAUGAUCAUGGAAGACACCAGCGGUGAUUACAAGAACGCCCUGCUGAGCCUGGUGGGCAGCGACCCCUGAGACAGAGAAGAACAAGAGCAAAGGCCAUGAAGCCAGAGUCUCCAGGCCGCCUCGCUCAACCUCAGCCAUGGAUGCACGUUGGGUGUGGCAGGCGGGGAGUAUCCCAGUCUUUUAGUCUUCUUUUUCCCUAUUUCCAGUGCUUUCCAGCCGGGUUUCUGACCCAGGGGCUGGAACCGGCCUGGACUCCUCUUCCCAACUUCCUCCAGGUCAUUUCCCAGUGUGAGCACAAUGCCAACCUUAGCGUUUCUCUAGCCAGACAGAUGCCUCGGCAUGAAGGGCCUGGGGGCUUGUGGGUCAUUCCUUCCUCCCUGCAGGAGCUUCCCAAGCUGGUCACAGAGUCUCCUGGGCACAGGUUAUACAGACCUCGGCCCCAUUCCCAUCUACUGAAACAGGGUCUCCGCAAGAGGGGCCAGGGAAUAUGGGUUUUUAACAAGUGUCUUAUUGAUAUGCUUCUCUAUCAGGCAGCUGGAGAGCUGGCUGGGAGCCCUUUUGUUUUAGAACACACAUCCUUCAGCAGCUGAGAAAUGAACAUGUAUCCAUCCCAACCAAGAAGCCAUUAACAUUCAUCUAAAAAUGUUAGGCUCUAAAUGGAUGAAAAAUUCUCUUACCAUCUUAAUAAAACAAACUACAAAUUCCUGACCUAAGGACACUGUGUUCUAAGUGGCGUGGGCUCCCCUGGUGGCUGACCAGGUCAGCUGCUCUGGCCUCGCACCCCUCUGCAUGCAGCACAUAAGGGCGUGACCAUGCCCUCGGCACCACUCUUGUCCCCACCGAACAGCAACUGAGACUGGGUACCUAGAGAUUCUGAAGUGCUUUGCUGUGAUUUUCAAAAUAAUAAAGAUUUGUAUUCAACUCAAA